CCGAGCCCACAGCCCUGCCAUGGCGGCCGCGAAUCCCAGCGUCUUCCUGCUCAUGGUCAACGGGCAGGUGGAGAGCGCCCAGUUUCCAGAAUAUGAUGACCUCUACUGCAAGUACUGCUUUGUGUACGGCCAGGACUGGGCCCCCACGGCGGGUCUGGAGGAGGGGAUCUCACAGAUCACAUCCAAGAGCCAAGAUGUGCGGCAAUUGCUGGUGUGGAACUUCCCCAUCGAUGUCACCUUUAAAAGCACCAACCCCUAUGGCUGCACAAAAGGACCAUCCCUAUGUUUGUCCCAGAAUCGACGUCUAAACUACAGAAGUUUACGAGCUGGUUCAUGGGACGGCGGCCCGAGUACACAGAUCCCAAGGUGGUGGCUCAGGGUGAAGGCCGGGAAGCUAUUCUGUGACAUCGCUGUCCUUGUGGAUGAUCCAACAACCUGGCCUCUUCCUCAGCCUCCUCACUUGCAAUAUCUUGACCUCUACUCCUCACAGCCACCCAAGCCCAUAGAGCACGCUCGUUGCUACUGUGACUGCACCACCUCCAAAAUCUGGAUCCAAGCUUCCCUCUCGCACACCACUGCCAGCCCCCCACGCGGCCCUUUCCCGCGAUCCCCAUUCCAACAGUCCUUCCUUCCACUCGGGACCUCCGAGCCACUGGCCAGCCCCCUCCUCGCCGCCCGUCAGCCCCUCUCUCCUUGCUUCUUCCCAUCCAGUUUGGAAGUCAUGGUGUCACUCAACAUGCACUUCUCUGAGCCUCUCCUUUUUCCAACCUCGCUGUGCAGGCCUCGCCCUGGGAUAGUUAGCUACCGCCUGCUCUGCAUCUUCCUGGGCACCAGGGCCUGCUGACUGGCCCAUGUCGGUCCAUGGCCCAGCUCUCAUGUGGCCCUCAAUGCCACCAGAGUCCCAGUGUACUUCCUCAGACAACUUCCUUUUGCAGUCUGAGAAAACUCACACCUUUUCUCUUCAAACCUUCAGGGCACUCCCUGCCCCUCCACGAAGAGCUCACUCAGGCUCCCACCAGCAUGUCCAUGGCCAGCCUGUGUUUGCUCCUGAGACUGCCCCUCAGGUGUGUACAAGACCCUGGUGCCCUCCGGCUUCUCACAGGUGUCCCCCGUAAGGGGGUUCUCCCCUCCUUCCCACGCCACGAGUCCUCCUCCUCUAGAGGAUCGCCACAUCACUUACACAGGUUGAGUGUCCCCAACCCAGAAAUCUGAAA